GUUCAUGAUAACUUGUGUUCGUGUUGUCAGCUCUCUAUCGCGCGCAGUGUUUACAAUACAGUGUUGUUGUUAUUAACAAAAUUUACAGCCAGUGUUUGGUGUCGUGACAAAGUGAAUACACAGUUGUCAGUUUUGCUGAUCCUUGUAUUUUACAUGCAAUAGUGUAUUGCGGGGGCCAAACAAACACGGCAGGCGCCGAGCUCAGCUCGGGUCAUGUGGAGGAGGGCGCGAGGGCGCGGCGCAGCGUAAUGCGGCGCGCGUGCGACUGGGUCGCAUGGCCGGUGGUGGCGUGCGCGCUGCUACUGGCUUGUGACUACGUUAGCGCUGGUGAUAUGCUCGCACCUGGAAUAUGCCCGUCAAUAGACAUAAGGAAUAGUCCUGAGCAUAUGGAACAGAAGCUGCGCGAAUGUCGAGUGAUAGAAGGUCAUCUUAGCAUCGUGCUCAUCGAACGAGCUACGACCGCUUCGUUCGAAAACGUCAGUUUCCCAGAACUAAGGGAAGUCACUGGCUACAUUUUAAUAUACAGAUUGAAGGGUGUACGUAACCUCGGAGAUCUGUUUCCGAAUCUGUCUGUGAUACGUGGCAUGCAGCUAUUCAAGGAUUUCGCUCUUGUUAUAUUCGAUAAUGAAGGGCUUGAGUCUGUAGGUCUACGUUCGCUUUCGAGGAUAGAGAGAGGUGCUGUCCGAAUCCAAAAUAACGACCGCCUCUGUUACGCCAACACCAUCGACUGGUCUCGCAUCAACCUCGAAGGAUCUGAAAAUAAUAUAAUAAAAUCAAACUAUGACACUCGACUUUGUGGCUUGUGCCCAAACGCUCAAAGCCGCAUGGAAGAUCACAGGCAGCUACACUUGCAAUGUCCGGCUGACUUCACUGGAAGGCUCCUUUGCUGGGACGACAAACACUGUCAAAAAAGAGAUUGCCCACCAAAGUGCGGCACGCACCCGUGCUAUCAAGACGGAAAGUGCUGCCAUCCGGCGUGCGCGGGCGGCUGUGACGGACCGCUGGCGAGCGACUGUCACGUCUGCGCCAACUUCUCUUUCCGCUACGGAAAAGAACGGACCUGCAUGGAGCGCUGCCCCGCAAACACAUACGAGCUGUCCCGCCGCUGCGUUACGGAGCAAGAGUGUCGCUCAUCGCCGCCGCCGCAGACCAGCGCGGGCGACGCGGAGCCCAACAUCCGCGCCUACAAGAUCCUGCGCAACCGCUGCGUUUACGUCUGCCCUAACAGAUACAUGGAGGUCGGCAACUUGUCCAACUCUACGUGCGAGCCCUGUCCCCUAUCGGGUUGCGUACGCGAGUGUCUCGGCGGCAAGAUAGACUCGGUCACAUCCGCAGAGCACUUCCGCGGCUGCACACACGUCAAGGGAACGUUGGAGAUCACGCUGCGGGCCGGCGGAGGCAACACCAUGGCGGUUUUGGAAGCGGCGUUAGGAGCUAUCCGAGAGAUAGACGGUAGUCUGCGCGUUGUUCGAUCCUAUCCGCUGGUGUCGCUCAUGUUCCUCAAGAGCCUCAAACGCAUCGGCGGGCUCAGCGCCGACAACAAAGGGCAGAGCCUAUACAUAUUCAACAAUCCAAAUCUGGAGAUGUUAUGGAACUGGUCGACUCACAAGUCAGUAGAGAUAACAAAGGGCCGUCUAUUCAUACACUUCAAUCCGAAACUUUGCUACAAUCAAAUACAACAACUGAAGACCAUGACAAAGGAUCCAAUGUCGACUUUCAGUGAAAUCGAAGUGUCGCAAGAUAACAACGGAGACCAGGCAUCUUGUUACCAAGAUACGCUCCACCUAGAGGUGAGCUCGAUAUUCCAACGCGUGGCCAUUCUCAAGUGGAACAUGUACUGCAUGUCGGAUUCACGCAAGCUGCUCGGCUACUCGAUAUACUUCAUCGCCACCGAGUCCAACGUCACGCUUUACGGUCAGCGAGACGCUUGUUCUGAUACUUGGAACGUUGUGGACACAACAGUGGACGAGGUCCGUAAUAGUAGCACACAGCCAGUGAUCAUAGACAAGAAAUCGAUUAUGCAGAGCCCUUGUAAGAACAACAACCAGCCGCUCUUCUAUCCUCUGACUCAACUCACUCCCUUCACUCGAUACGCGGCAUAUGUUAAGACCUACACCACACUGCAGGACAGGAAAGGCGCGCAGAGUCCUAUUAUUUACUUCAAGACUCUACCCGGUCCUCCGAGUCCACCCCUCGGCUUGACAGUGGAAUCCCUUAAGGAGCAUUCUGCGACCAUAAAAUGGCAGCCGCCGUCUAUGCCCAACGGUACUAUCGCCUUCUACCACGUCGAGAUACAGGCAAAUAACUACAACCGGCCCAAGAUACUGGCACUCAAUGUGAACUAUUGUGGCAAUCCGAGCGCGCUCGUGAACCUGAUUGCGGUGCGCGGCGAGGAGGGCGGCGCGGGGGGCGGCGCGGCGGGCGGCGCGGGCGCGGGCGCGGGCGGCGCGGGGGGCGCGGGCGGCACGGGCGACGUGGCGAGCGGCACGUGCGCGUGUCGCGACGACGCCCGCCCCACGCGCUUCAGCUCGCUCGCCGAGGAGGAGCGCAUCGAGACCAUCAACUUCGAGAACUCGCUGCAGAACCAUGUAUAUGUGAAAACGGAACGACCCAAGAUGCUGACUAAUGAGUCAGCGGCGAAAAGACUUCGGCGCUCGAUUGACGACAGCGUCAAUAGUAUGCUCGUCAUCAUCGGCGACCCGCACAUACCGCUCAUGGGACAAAAUAACACCAACGCAACGGAAGGAAAGUACGUAAAGACCCUGUACUACGACCUGGCGGGCAGCGCGCGCUCGCUGACGGUGGACAACCUGCGGCACUUCACGUGGUACACGGUCAACGUGUGGGCGUGCCGCGAGCGACACGAGAACGAGAGCGAGCAGAUCUACGAGCGCGAGUGGUGCUCGCAGCGCGCGCACUACACCUUCCGCACUCUGGAGAGACUGAACGCUGAUGUUGUGCGGAGUAUGCACGCCGAAGUAUUGCCGUCUAACAAAACUUUACCCGAAGUCAAUGUAACGUGGCAGCCUCCCGAGGACCCCAAUGGUUUUGUCGUAGCAUACAACGUACAUCAUUCGCGAGUUGAGGAUAAUAAUCAGGCCACGCAGGAGAUGGGUUUGGCGAGCUGCAUCACUGCGGAGGACUACGAGCUGAACGGACGCGGAGUGCUCGUACGCAACCUGGCGCCGGGGAACUACUCGCUGCGGGUCACGCCGCUCUCGCUCAGCGGUGCCGGCAACGUCUCCACCGACAUCUACGUCUUUAUACCCGAGCGCACGGCGGAGCUGAGCUACGAGUGGGUGUGGGGCGUGGUGGGCGGCUGCAUGGCGCUGCUGGCGCUGCUGGCGGCGGGCGCGUGGGCGGCGCGGCGCGCGCUGCUGCCGCCCAGCGACGCGCCCAAGCUGUUCGCCAGCGUCAACCCCGAGUACGUGUCCACCGUGUACGUACCCGACGACUGGGAGGUGCCGCGCAGCAGCGUCGAGUUCAUCCGGGAGCUUGGCCAGGGCUCCUUCGGCAUGGUGUAUGAGGGCUUAGUGAAAAAUAUAGAAAAAGGUAAACCAGAAACUCGAUGCGCUGUGAAAACUGUCAAUGAGCACGCAACUGACAGGGAGCGUAUCGAGUUUCUCAACGAGGCGUCGGUGAUGAAAGCCUUUGACACGUACCACGUGGUGCGGCUGCUGGGCGUGGUGUCACGCGGUCAGCCCACGUUGGUGGUGAUGGAGCUGAUGGAGCACGGCGAUCUCAAGACCUACCUGCGUUCGCACCGCCCCGACGCGGAGUCCUCGCUACCCAGGAAGGGCCCGGCGUCCGUGCCGCCCACAUUGCAGAACAUCCUUCAGAUGGCAAUAGAAAUAGCGGACGGUAUGGCCUAUCUAUCGGCGAAGAAAUUUGUGCAUCGCGAUCUCGCGGCGCGCAAUUGCAUGGUGGCCGGGGACCUCACCGUGAAAGUGGGCGACUUUGGCAUGACCAGAGACAUUUAUGAGACUGAUUACUAUAGGAAAGGCACCAAAGGCCUACUGCCGGUCAGGUGGAUGAGCCCCGAGAGCUUAAAGGACGGGGUGUUUUCGAGUAACAGCGACGUAUGGAGCUACGGGGUCGUGUUAUGGGAAAUGGCUACGCUUGCCAUGCAGCCGUAUCAGGGGCUGUCCAACGAGCAGGUGGUGCGCUACGUGGUGGAGGGCGGCGUGAUGGAGCGGCCCGAGCACUGUCCCGACCGGCUGUACGAACUGAUGCGAGCGUGCUGGGCUCACCGCGCUCAUGCCCGCCCGUCGUUCCUGCAGCUGGUGGCCGACCUGGCGCCCUCUGCGCAGCCCUACUUCCGGCACCGCUCCUUCUUCCACACGCCGCAGGGACAGGAGAUGUACGCACUGCAGCGGACUGCGUCAGAGGAGGAGGCGGCCAUGCAGGAGGUGAACGUGGGCGCGGUGGCCACGGGCUCGGGCUCCAACCUGUUCGGCGUGUCGGGGCGCCUGGCGUCGUGGGUGCGCGAGCUGUCGUCGCUGCGCUCGCGCGGCUCGGACGACGCGGCGGCCGAGCCGCUGCAGCCGGCCGAGCCGCGCCCCAUCGCGCUCAAGGCCCGCGCGCCGCCGCCGCCGCCGCCGCCGCCGCCCGGGCCCAACGGCGUGCUGCGCGACGCGCCGCCCUGCUAGCGCGCGCCCCCCCAGCCGAUAUCUACCUCAGGCCGGGCGCCUGAGGCCGCGCCCGGCUCUUCGAAUCUAGUUGUAAGCGUAGCUAGUGAAUUGUUCGCCGCGUCGUUUAUUUAUUUCGCUCGGCGGCCGCCCGGAGCGACGUCGACGAAGACGAGAAUCCUAUAUAGUUUACCUCAGUAACAUAGUUGUAUCGAAGUCAUUUAUGACGCAGCCUAUUAUUGUUAAGUUUACCGUGUAAGCUGUAAAGUGUGUAUAGAUACCUAAUGAUAAUUUAGGUAAGAUCUUGUACAAAUUAUUUUAAUUCGUUUCUUUAUAUUUGACCGGCGAGAGCUGUCGUUUCGGAUGGGCGAACGUUCGAGCGAGUGUCAAAUUUGUAGAUUAGCUUAAGUUUUUGUUAAUGUUGUGAGUACUUUUUUGAAAGUGCGCUACUUAACAAUAUACAGAUUUGUCACUUGUGACGUGCGAUGCACAGCAAUAAAUUCGUUACGCGUCUGUUAUACAUGUUUAUAAUACUCAUAAUUCGAUCAGCGUAUCAUUUUCGUUUUUCAUUUCUAUACUGUAAUGAGGAAAAAAUUUCAUAAAUCGGAUUUAACCACCAAAGACUUACAAAUCAAAAUACUAAAUUAAGAUUUUAUUAUAAUAUUGUAUUUAGAUACGUUGUAUUUUUUGUAUGCAUACUCAAGUAUGCCUAGCAAGCCUUCGAUACAUAAGAAGAAACUGCAAUCGAUGUGUUCCGUAUCAAUUACAAUGCAAUAGAUAAUCUGCCAUUUUUGUUAAAUAGUCGUUAUACAUAUAUACAUAUAUAUAUAUAUAUGAUAAUUCUACAAUGAUCGCCUAGUGUGAAUUACCUAUACUCUGUAGCCAAAGUCUAGCUAAUUUGCAAGAUCUUUAUACAUAUAACUAACCAGUAAACUCGCAUUACAAUAAAGCUAUGACUAGUUCUAACUAAUAAUAAUUACUUUCCUUUCGCAUGUAAAGCGUAAGUGGAUAGGCACUAAAACAUUGUCAAAUGGAAUAGCACGAAAGCGAGUACCGAUGCUAGUUUAAUACGAACUCCCUAGAUUCGAAGAAUUGUAUUCAAAGAUUUAAUAAAACAUUUAGAAUACUUAAAGAUUUUAAUAGCAAACUAUAUUAAGUAAAUUAUACGCUAGACGCAUUAUUUGUUACAGUUUAAAAGUUAAUAUUAUAGAAUAGUUGUAUAUCCAACCAUAGACUCCAAUAUACAACAAUCCUGGACAUUGGACCACACUGUCAAAAUCUUGGGGUCCAAUGUGACUAAUAACUUUUACGAUAAUGUGGUUUAAGGGUAUAAACGAGUGCCUUCAGAAAUCCAGCCUUCAAAGGAAUGCAGGAUUGUUGAUUGAAUGAGGAACUUUACACAAGUACACGAAUACACAGUUUAAUUUAUUUAAAACAUUUAUUAUUACAAAUCAUUUUUAUUCGUCGCAGCUAAACUAGUGGAGAAUAUUAAAAGUUCGAAGAAACGAUGAACUCUGGAGUGUUAUAGGAUUAUUACGAGAGGUGGUGAGAAAGCAAAACGUAUCGCCAGACAAUUAUUGAAAUUGAGCAUUAUAAUUAAGGCAACAAAUGGCAUAAAAUGUUGUAUAGGAUUGGUUAAUAGAUAAAUUUUAUGCAUAUAUGUAUAUAUAACUUUUUGUUGUUAUUUAUUAGGAAUAAAGGCACCUUGUUUUUUUUUUUACAAUGUAAUGUCGAACUGAAAAUUUUUUAAAACUAAACUGAUAAAAAACUAAGUAUCGUAAAGAAAUUGCAUAGUGCCUUUUGCUAAUGACGAAAACAAAAUGUUUCUACAUAAUUUUGCAAUUAAAUAAUUCUUUAAUCGACAUAAUGAAAAUUUAUUUUAAUUAGAAGUAUGGUAAGCGAAUAACUUGACUGUUAAUUAAUUCGGCGAUUUGGUAGAUGACUUGUGAACCUUACUUCUAACUCUAUGACGAGCCAGCCGAGGUACUCCAGCGCCAUUCUUCCAAUCACAGUGAACUAAAUCGUUAUAAUUAUUUCUAUUUAAAUAUUAAAGUUAAUGCGUGGAGACAAUUUAGUGUGAAGGCGAGUGUACAAGUAAGGGUUGCGCGGAGUGACUGCGGCGAAGCCUCGCACAACGUUGCCUCACACAGCGUUCGCUGCGGGCUCUUCAUUGCCUUUGAAUAUUUUGUUCUUAUUUUCAUCAGUAUUUUUUAUUAUUGUGAUUUUCACCAAUAGGGCACUUUACCUCAUUUUAGUGAUUAUGUUAUUCGUAAAUUGUUGACUGAUAAAAUAAUUUCCAAUCAAUGUGUUCCUCGUGUGAUUUGUGUGCGUGUUUAUUAUGUAAUAUAGUGUCGGGGUAGCGUUGUGCUAUAUGCUCAAUUUAGAUACAAAUUCACCAAACGAUUGAGAUAGUGUAUAAUUUUUAUAUUUAAUUUAAUGAAAACCGAGUACCUAUUAAUAAUAAUUUUAAUAUUUAUAUUAAUAAAAAGUUACAUGAAUAGCAAAAAUAGUUUUGAGUAAACCCUUGUUUAAAUAUAUUUUAUACCAAGUUAAUAAAAACAAGGUCUAUAACGUUCUUAAAAUAAAAGUGAUUUUUUAAUU